UUUCAAACUCCGAGACAACGGCGGCGGCAAAGAUGUGUCUCACACUUCAGGUCAUCUGACUCGCUUGCCUUUUGAGAACGGCUAGAUUAGCGCCGGGCAGUAACCACGACCCUUACCACCACACAUCUCUUGAUGCAAUCUUCCUGAACAGAUCCGACUCGCCAUGACUGACCAGCGGAUCCAAAUCGUAUCGGACCUCCAUCUGGAGUCUCCGUCGGCCUACGAUCUUUUCGACAUCACUCCGAAGGCGCCGUUUCUAGCCCUGCUCGGCGACGUGGGGUAUGUCAGAGACGAGGGGUUUUUCGAUUUCCUUCGCAAGCAGCUAGCCGCCUUCCGGGUUGUCUUCCUGGUUCUGGGCAACCACGAGCCCUACCAUAGCAGCUGGGUCGAGGCUAAAUCCAGGGUGGAAGGGUUCAAAGAGACGAUCCACAGCACCUCUCAGGGAGACGAGGCGCUCGGGGAGCUUGUUCUGCUUGACCAGACGCGCUACGAUCUCUCACCGACUGUCACGAUUCUUGGCUGCACGUUGUUCUCAAAUGUCACACACGAUCAAUCGGAUCAUGUUAGUUUCGGGCUGAAUGAUUUCUACCACACGCGCGACUGGUCUGUCGAGUCUCAUCGAGAAGCACACCUCGCGGAUCUGGCUUGGUUGAAUAAGGAAGUCGACUUGAUUUCCCGGGAAGAGCCUGGUCGGAAAAUUGUUGUUUUCACUCAUUAUUGUCCCUCCACGGACACAAACGUCAUUGACCCCAGACAUGGAAACAGCAAGAUCUCCUCCGGGUUUAUGACAGAUCUAUCCAAGGAAUCUUGCUGGCAGUGCAAAGCCGUCACGCUUUGGGCGUUUGGACAUACGCACUUCAACUGUGAUUUCAGGGAUCCAGAGACUGGUAAAAGAGUCUUAGCAAAUCAGAGAGGGUAUUACUUCGCUCAGUCGACCGGAUUUGAUAGCGAGAAGAUUGUCGAGCUUUGACGCGGGCGACGAUGAUUCGGGGUUCUAAGAGUUCCAGACUUGGUUUUUGUGCGGAAAGAAGAGCUCAGCUGAAUUUCGUUGAAAUUGUGUUUGCCCGUUUCACCUGAUAGCCUGCCUUCUUAUCAAACCAUCGCGAAGCGUAUCCAGGUGUAGCCACAUGUCCGGAUCCCCCUGUAUUAUGGCCCCGUAGAACGGUGUAUAUUCCUCCCUCAGACUUUCUUCACGAAGAAUAUCCGUCCCGUCAACAUAUUCCAUAAGAU